GUUUUGUUCUGAACCAUACAAGACAAUCAUCGCCUAGCAUUUCAUUCCACCAUUCCAAAUCCGUCUAUCCUGGUUGGGUUGGGUCGAAUCUAUUGACGCCAUGCAGCAGACGAGUGUGCUAAAGCUGGAUCUGCACGACGCCAGGCAGAAGCAGAAGGCCAUGGAGGCCAUCGCCAGUCUCCACGGUAUACUGGUAUCGAUCGUGGACAUGGAGAAGCAGGAGAUGACGGUGGUGGGCACCGUCGACCCGAUCCACGUCGUGGAGAGGCUGCGCAAGAAGCGCUUCACCACGCACGUCGUCUCCAUUGGCCCAGUCAAGGACGAGAGCAAGGACAGCGGUAAUGAGAAGGGCGGCGACAAGAAGGGUGGCGCCGGCGACAAUAGUGAGGCGAACAAGGCCCCGGUGUACACGCCGUGGUACGGGCCGCCGCACCACCCGCAGCCGUACUGCGUCAUCUGCGGAUCGACACGUCCAUGCCCCUGUCCAUUUUGUACAUAG